UCAUUUAUUUUUAUUGUCCUUUCUCUCUUAACGUUUCCUUCAGAUCCUUUGGACCCCGGAAGCUCCAAGAAACUGCAAAUCGUCCAGUGUUCGUUUUGCGAUCUCUCUCCAUCAGAUUUCCUGGAAAACACAGUCCUCAAGCAAUGGCUGCCACACAACUAACUGAGAGUACCAUAACAGUGGGUGGACAGACUCUGUUCUACCGACAAGCCAAGCCAGUUCAGCAGGCCCCUCGUCUCUCUGUCUUGCUGCUGCAUGGCAUUCGUUUUUCAUCAGAGACUUGGCUCAACCUGCACACUUUGUCAAAACUGGCUGAAGCUGGAUACCGUGCUGUAGCUAUUGACCUACCAGGACUGGGUAAUUCCAAAGAGGCAACUGCUCCAGCUCCUGUUGGAGAGCCAGCACCCAGCAGUUUCUUGAAGUCUGUAUUUGAAGGCCUUCUGUUAGACCAAGCUGUGGUCAUCAGCCCAUCUCUCAGCGGGAUGUAUUCACUUCCAUUCCUCUUCCAGCACAAUGAGCUGCUCAAGGCCUAUAUCCCGGUGGCACCCAUCUGCACAGAAAAGUUCCCAGCCACACAGUACGCUGCUGUCAAAACACCAACACUCAUCGUAUAUGGAGACCAGGAUGUCCAGCUGGGGGAAGUCAGCCUGAACAACUUGAAGAACUUGCCCAAUCACACAGUGAUGCGGAUGGAAGGGGCAGGCCAUGCUUGUUACCUUGACAAGCCAGAAGAGUGGCACUUUGGUCUGCUAAACUUCCUGAAGAGCUUAGAGUGAAGAAUAAACUAGUUCUGCAUCCUCUGGGCCAUCACCAGUCACUUCCAUGUCUGUCUCUUUGGUACAUCUUUCCAGAUGAUUGGAAUCUCUCUCUCUCCCCCCUUCCCUCUCCAAUUUGGUCAGCAGCCUUUCUAGACUAUUCAAUAAUCCCAGAACUAAGCAGCUGAGAAAUGCAUGAUGUUACAUCCAAAAUGUGCCUGUUGCUUAACUUCAUAGGCUGAUGGAGUGUAGUGUUGUCUCUCUUGUCCAUGAGAUGCUUUAGGUCACAUGUUUUCAUAUUAACAUGCUAGGAUUUGUUCCCUACGUCCAUUAGGACCAGUGCUGUGAUUUUGCUAGCCAUGCAAUCAACCUCUUCCUUGUUCCCACCUUUCACCCAUGAUUGUGGCUUGUUUCUCUCUUUUUAAUUUACUUUUAUAAUAGACAAGAUUGGUGAGAUGAAGACAGACCAGGGUAUAUUUCCCCAACUGAACAGGCUUCCAGAGCAAGUCACCCUGGCCUUUGCCUCUCAUCUCCUGACCCACUUUUCCCUCAAUGACAGAAGCUUCAGCAGUAUCCCUACUGUAUUCUUCGUAUGCACCUCUGUGUCAGAACCUUCUUGCUGUGAGGCAGUAAAACUGUGUAAGUCUGAAACUAAGAGCCAGCAGGGGCUGCCCAGUGUUUUGGAUUGUGAUGAACAACCAUCAGUGAAGCUCAUGCUGACUUCACCCUCACUGACUUUAGAGAGCAUAGUUUUGUGUGACAGAAUUCUUAACAUCUCCUAGAUUGUCCCUUCCUGAGUUACUCAACAGUGCAUAUAAGUUCAGGGACAGAUUCUCCUUCUGCGGCCUGGGCCGUCCAAGACUUGUGACCGAUUUCUCUGUGAUACUCUUGGAUUUCAUGGUUACUGUGAUCAUUGUCUUGCAUGGUGUAAAUUAGACAGUUGUCUAAUUGACACUUAGAUGUGUAAUGACUGGUUAAUGGGACACAUCUGAGUACUGUUUGACUGCAUUGCAAAAAUAGAGAAAAGAGCAGACGAAACCCUCUGUAGUCCUGCCAAAGAAAGGGAAAGGUCAGGGCACUCUGGAGGAGAAGCGUUGCUAAUCCACUUCAAAACAGAAAGGAGACUGUUCCUUUGCUGCUUCAUACUCAAACCCUUCUUGGACAGAAUCAAAGGGUCUGUUGGGUUAAUACAGGGAGACUUAUAAAAAUAAAUCUGGAGAAGAAAAUGAAUUAAAUCAGCGGUACAGGAUAGUAGGUUAUAUAUAUGGCAGAGAAUCCAGGUUAGUUCCUGCUGAAUAAUUUAUUCUUCAUCAAAAUAUUUUGUGAUCAAAUAAAACCCGAUUUUUUCUCUUUU